AUGGUUCAACGCCCUCUCACAAAGGUCUAUUACGACCUUCGCAGACAUCUCCCAAAGCUUUCUGGCUCGGUUCACAACACGCAUAGCCAAGCGAAACAUCCGAUUAACUUGUUAGGGGUCACCCAGAAACCUGGGGAACCGACUAAGAAUUUUCUGGAUAGGUUCAACGACGAAUGCUUGGAGAUUGACAGUCUCACGGACUCGGUUGCCAGUCUCUGCCUAACAAACGGCCUGCUAAAUGAGGAUUUUAGGAAGCACCUCACAACUAAGCCUGUGUGGACUAUGCAGAAAAUUCAAAGCGUGGCCAAGGAAUACAUCAAUAAUGAGGAAGUAAGUCAGGUUGUAGCAGCCAAUAAGCCGCAGCUCCUUAACCCGUCAGCCAGACAGGUCUCUCAGGUCGACAGAUACAAGGAGGCCCCCAAGGAUGGAGCCCCAGCCAAGCAACACAAACAACCCCCGCAGGUCAGAAGGUUCACAAACUAUACGCCACUUACGGUGCCCAUAGUGGAAGUUUACCAACAAAUCGCGGACAAGGGAAUCCUGUCCAGACCCAGAUCUUUGAAGGAGAGAAUGGGAGGCAAGAAAAGCCUCUACUGCGACUAUCACAAGGGCUUCGGGAACAAUACCCAAGACUGUUUCGACCUCAAAGAUGCCUUAGAACAGGCCAUUGAAGAAGGCAAGUUGAGCGAGUUCUCCCGAUUUAUCCGGAAACCGAGAAGACGAGAACGGGAGCACUCAGAAGAAGAUCGAAGCAGGACAGUCAAGGCGAGACAGGAACCCACAGGGGCCACUAACAACCCCCUAACUUUUGUAGUUAACGUCGUGGUAGGACGUGACACCCCUUUCAAGUCCAAGUCAGCAACAAAGAAAGAUACCCGGAUCCUCUCCAUUUCAACAGGAGGUCCUACCACCCCAAACGGAGGACCUCCCAUGAUAUCCUUCGGCCCAGAAGACCAAUGGUUCCCCGACCUCCCCGAGAACCCUCCCAUGGUGAUCACGACGAUGAUUGGGACCGCGUUGGUCAGACGAAUCCUCGUUGACACUGGAGUUGAUUCCAAUAUCCUGUUGUCCAAAAGACUCUUUCCCCCUCCCAAACAUCGACACCUUGGUAGAUUUGGUGGCAGGGUAUCAUUUCCUCAGCUUCAUGGAUGCGUACUCUGA